AGACUCUUCAACUCUUUACGAAGAGAAAACACAAGAAGGGUAAAGAAUCUGUAGGAGAGCGAUUAUGGCGACGAGAACAAACAUGCCUGAACAAGUCAGAGGUGUUCCUGUCGCUGCUGAACAGAACCAGAACAAGAACGGUGCUGUGAAGAAUCGUCGUCGUGCGCUCGGUGACAUCGGAAACCUUGUCUCCGUCCCCGUAGUUCAAGGAGGAAAGCCUAAUCCUCCGAUUAACCGACCCAUCACACGAAGCUUCCGUGCUCAGCUCUUAUCAAACGCAGAAAACGACAAGAAGCCGAUCAACAAGGUUCCGGUUCUUGUUGUCCCCCCAAAGAAACGCCAACCACUCGCUCCAAGAAACCAAGAACCUCAAAAAGCUGUCCCCAAGAAGAAUCUAGAGGUUGAGACGAAGAAGAAGAACGUGACGUACUCAUCAGUACUCAGUGCUAGAAGCAAAGCUGCUUCUUCUAUAACCAACAAACCGAAGAUUCUCGAUAUUGAUGAGUCUGAUAGAGAUAACCAUCUGGCUGCUGUUGAGUACGUUGAUGAUAUGUACGCUUUUUAUAAAGAAGUUGAGAAGGAGAGUCAACCUCAGAUGUAUAUGCAGAUUCAGAGUGAGAUGAAUGAGAAGAUGAGAGCUAUCUUGUUAGAUUGGUUAUUAGAAGUUCAUAUCAAGUUUGAACUUAACCUUGAGACUUUUUACCUCACUGUAAACAUCAUUGAUCGGUUCCUCUCUGUUAAAGCUGUUCCUAAAAGAGAGUUACAGUUACUGGGAGUUAGUGCCUUGCUUAUUGCUUCCAAGUAUGAAGAAAUCUGGCCACCUCAGGUGAAUGAUUUGGUGUAUGUGACAGACAAUGCUUACAACAGCAAGCAGAUUCUUGUGAUGGAGAAGACUAUACUUGGAAGCCUUGAAUGGUAUUUGACGGUGCCGACUCAAUACGUGUUCCUUGUCCGUUUCAUUAAAGCUUCCAUGUCUGACCCAGAGAUGGAGAGUAUGGUUCAUUUUCUUGCUGAGUUGGGGAUGAUGCAUUAUGACACGUUGAAGUUCUGUCCAGCAAUGCUUGCUGCUUCAGCUGUUUACACAGCGAGAUGCUCGUUGGAGAAGUCUCCUGCUUGGACAGAGACGUUGAAGUUCCAUACCGGCUACUCUGAAUCUGAGAUUAUGGAAUGCUCAAAGGUUCUAGCUUUACACCACUCGAGAUGCGGAGAGGGUAGGUUACGUGCUGUGUACAAGAAAUACUCCAAGGCUGAGAACGGAGGUGUUGCUUUGGUUUCACCAGCCAAGUCUCUCUUGAGUUCUGCUGAUGCCUGAAUGAUAUUGUGUUGUCUUUCAUCAGAUCUCUCUCUGAUUCUUACCUCUUUGUUAUGAGUUCAAAAACUAGUAAUGAAUUCUUUUAUGAGUGACGCUUGUUGCAUUGCAACUCGUCCUUGGAAACUUCUUGUAAUGCUUUUCUACAUUUCUAUGACUAAUAGAUAUAAUAAAGCUUUCUGAUAUUUGAUUGUGUGUUUUCUGCUUGCAUCAUGCUUGCUAACUAGUGACGACGAAUCAGAUGCGUUUUUGAUUA